AUGGGCUUCAGAGUAGCUGCAGAUACAAAUCUAAAGGCGAACUCAGAACAAAUAACAUUUUUAAUCAAAAUGUCGCAAGUUAUUACAGCACGUCUUUCACGAAAUGACGCACAACCAUGGGGAUUUCGAUUGCAAGGUGGGAAAGACUUCGGAACACCGCUCGUGAUCCAGAAGUAUUUUGGUGUCUGA